GGCUCAUUUGGCUGUACGCCUUGUCAAGGUCAAUGGGUGCUACGUUAAUUUAUGCCGUCAACUUUUUAAUUGUGACAUGGGCCACUUUUACGGAAUCCUAUUACACUGCUAAUAUUUCUAAUAAAAUUUUAAGCCUGAUUGAACCGUUUACUGUAUCCACAGAACAUAAAUAUUGGGAUCUUCUCGAAGCUCCUCUUGGAAAUAGGUGAGUUACAUGUAAUCUGAUUUGUUUGUAGUUACAAUCACUAUGAUUCGCUUUUUGGAAAGAUGCAGGAAGUCAGUAGAAAAUGUCCCAUGAUAACCACAUUAUAUACCAUUGGCAAAUCUGUUGCUGGUAGAGAAUUGUGGGUAUUAUCCUUCGGAAAAGUGCCGAAUUACCAUGUACCUGGGGUACCAGAAGUAAAGAUCGUGGGUAAUAUGCAUGGAAACGAAGCGAUUGGGAGAGAACUUAUACUACGCCUUGCAUACCUUCUGUGUAUAAAUUAUGGUUCUGAUGAAUUUAUCACACUUUUGGUAAACUACACACAAAUCCAUCUUAUGCCUUCAGCUAAUCCUGAUGGUUUUGAAAUUUCAAAUGAAGGUGACACAAGUGGCCUUAUUGGACGAAACAAUCUCCAUAAUGUGGAUCUGAAUCGUAAUUUCCCGGACCAGUUUGGCGAAACUGACGAAAACUUAGUACAAGAACCAGAAACCAAAUUAAUAAUGCAAUGGUCACAGGAGCAUUCAUUUGUUUUAUCAGGUAAUUUACAUGCUGGAGCACUGGUUGCAUCAUAUCCAUUUGACGGUAGUGCAAAUAUGACUGCCUAUUAUUCUGCAUCUCCUGAUGAUGCAACAUUCAAACACUUGGCUUCAGUGUAUAGUCGUGCUCACAAGAGCAUGUACCUGGGUAGACCUGAAUGUGAUUUUAAGACUUUUCCGAAUGGAAUUACCAACGGAAAUAACUGGUACCCACUGCAAGGUGGUAUGCAAGAUUGGAAUUAUCUAGUUACGGGAUGUAUGGAAAUCACAUUAGAAUUAGGAUGUGUUAAGUAUCCGCGAGGAUCAGAAAUAUCCACUUAUUGGGAUGACAAUAAAUAUUCCCUUAUAGCGUUUCUAUCUGAAGUUCAUCGAGCUUUACGUGGUUUCGUAUUUGAUGGAUCCACGAAACUUCCUGUCGGGAGAGCUUCUAUACAUGUGGAGGGAUUAAGUCAUUUAGUUAAUUCCACCCCAUACUAUGGUGAUUAUUGGCGUUUGCUCCCACCUACUGGUGGUGUAUAUCGUGUGUGGGCUUCAAAAAUUGGAUAUUUUGAUUCACUCAAAUAUGAAGUGAAUGCAUCCCUUCUACCUUAUGUGUCAAUUACAAAUAGUGAACAGUUAAAUUUCACUUUAUGGCCUGAUAAUCAAUUAACAGUGGAAUGGUCAAGUCAAUUAGAUUACAAUAUCACAUUGAAUCGUCUACCUUCAUUCAUACAUGAAUCAACUUAUGAUGAAACAAUAAAAAAUAUGUUUACUAAUUUAUCACAUUCCAUUAAGAAAUACUUUACAUUACAUCAAAUUACUGUUUCUUCAACAAACACGGUCGUUUCUAAUUUUACUACUAACAAUACUAAUAAUCAUGAUCAUAAUAGUGAAAAAUUGUCAACAGUAUACGGAAUUGGUUUGUCACUUCCUCAUUAUUCACAUAUUAUUCCCAUUAAUGAUCAAAAUGACAAUUACAAUAAUGUGAAAUUACAGCCUCAAUACGAUAAAAUACGUAUUAUAAUUUUAGCCGGUUUAAAUAGUAAGGAAAUAAUUUCUACAGAAAUCGCUAUUCGUUUACUACGUCAUUUACAUUCGGGAUUAACCGCUUCGAGUCCGGAUAUUUGGCGUCUUUUAGCUACUAGUCAGCUAUUAAUAUUUCCAUAUUUGGAUCCGGUCGGUAUUCAUGAGUCACUAUUUAGUGUCAAACAAAAACAAAAUUUGAUGAAUCAAAGUCAGAACACUUGUAAAUUGUCUUCAGAUAAUGUUGAUGAUCGUUCGAAUCCAAUAUUUCACAAUGAAAAGUUUCAAAAGAUAACUCGUGAAUUUCAACCACAUUUAAUUAUUUCUCUUGAAUCUAACAAUUUAACAAAAUGUUCAAUAAGAACUACAACAAAUAUUAAUAAUGUCCAACGUAAUCAACAACUACCUUUAACUGCAAUUCAUAUACCAAGAGAUUUAAACAAAGAAUUUUCAAAUACUGAUCUAUUUCAUAAUUUCGCUAUUGGUUUCAAUUCAACAGUGAAAUGUUCUGCAAAACAUUCAUUUCAUUGUAAUAAAACAUCACAAUAUAUGAAUAGCAUUUCAUCUUCUGAAAAGCGUUUAUUGGAUUUGUUCGCUUCACCGUCCUUAUCCUCCUCCUCUUCGUCGUCAGCAUCAUAUGUGUCCUCUUAUUCUUCUCCCUUAACUUCCAGUGAUAAUGAUCACAUAGGCGAGAUCAAUAAUAAUCAUAAUGAACCUUUUAUUUUACGUCUAGGAACAGGUUGUCACCCUAAGCAUCUAUCGAACUGUUCAUAUUUAGAUGCCCAACAAUUACCGGAACUAUGGCAUUCUACGCUGAUUGGUUUAAACAAGUUAUUUUCAUCUGUUCGAAAUUUAUCAUUCUGUGGUCAAAUUUUGAUUGAGUCCGGUCCACUAACAUCAGAUUUGGUAACUCGUUUAGUUGAACAUCGUCAUUGGGUUCCAGUUGCAAGUUCACAAAUUAUUUUGCAACCUGCUAUGUAUUUUUUUCAACAGUCCAAUAAAUCUAACAACGAUGGUUUAAACAGUAGUAAUAAUAGUAAAUGGUUGUCCGUGAAAAUCGAUUCUUCAACUGGUCGUUUUUGUGAGCUUAUUCCUCCAGGCACAUAUCUUAUGUUCGCUGCAGCUGGACCAGAAAAUUCCACUUUCGAUGUUGCUUAUGAGCAGGUGGCUAUGGCUCUUUCAUUUCAUGUCGAUCGUUUUAACGGAAGAUCACAUAUUCGUCUUGAAAGAGAAUUGAAUGAAAUUAACUUUAACGGUCCAGAUGAUAUAUAUGAUCACAUGCGUAAUCAUACUGUUGAAUCGUCACAUUCUACAUGCGGUAAAAUGUUUUCGAUUGGUCACUCGCGCUUAGGUAAACCUAUUUAUGCAUUUAAAAUUGGUCCAAAAUACACAACUUUAGAAUUCAAUAGUGAUAGUUUAAAAACAUCUACAACUACUAAUCCAAAUACUAUGAUGGACUCGGAAUUUCUUUUUGAUGUGACCAAUGAUACAUAUCUUUCAAAUAAUUCAAUGAAAUAUAUACCAAAAAUAGCUGUUAUUGGUAAUCUACAUGGUCAUGAUCGACUAACACCUCAAUUAUUAAUUCAUUUUUUAAAUUUUUUAUGUGAUAAUCGUAAUAGUCAAUUAGCUGUACAUAGUUUACUUAAUUCUGCUAUAAUUACUAUUAUUCCAAUACCAAAUCCUGAUGGUUUGUAUAAAGCAUGGAAAGAUUAUUCAAUGCUAUCAUUAUCUACUUGGGAAACAGGUGAAGCGUUAUCAUUUGAUAGAGAUUAUUGUCAUCAUGUUGAAAGCUCUUCCAGUGGCAGUAGAAAAUUGUUGACUGGUUAUACGAAUGAAGCUGGCAUAGAUUUAUGGGAACAAUUGAUUAGUUUAACCGGAAGUAAUUUAACAUUUAGUCAUCAUUGGUGGUGGGAAUCAAAAUCGAAAUUAGAGUUUGCUUACAAAUCACUUGAACCAGAGAAUAUAGCUCUUCUUAAAUGGUUACAGUUGUACCAAGCAAAUUCCAUCAUAAGUUUUCCAACUGAUCAACUAUCUGAUAUUAAUUAUGAUACAGAUCCUACUGAAUCUGCUUAUGGUCGUGAUCUUUUAUCGGAAAGUUAUAAUUGGCUACGAUUUCUUGGUAAACUACUCUCUCCUAGCUUUCAUCGUCCAUCUGCUAUGUGUACACUAAUUUAUUCAAUAUCUUCAGAAACAUUUCCAAAAAUUUCUGAUCGACGUCGUAGACCCAGUGAUUUUCGUAUCCAAUAUGUUAAUCCAAAAAAAUCCAUAAAUAAAUUUGCUAAAUCAGCUGCCUUAUCACUUGGUUUAAUUUCUAUGAAUCCAAAAUUAGCUUUAGAAGAAACUGAACAUUUUCAAUUACAGUCAAGUUUAUCAUUUUCACCACCAUUACCAAUCAUGAUACCAUCAAGUAUUGGUUUGACACUUUGUCCAGGCUGUUUUUCUCCUAGUCCAUCAGGUGUUGCACGUAUAUGGGCAGAUUAUAGAUUUCCAAGUUUAAUGGCUGGUUUAAUUGAGCAUACUAGUUUAAUUGGACUAGGAAGUUUAGGACUGAUAGGUCAUGUUCGUGAUUCAAAUGAUCAACCAAUACCCUGGGUUCGUAUACAUCUGGAUUAUGUUCGUAGUGAAUUGUCUACUGGUUCCAGUGAUCAGAAUGGUCAUUUUAGUAUGAUUCUACCGCCAGGAAAGUAUCGUUUCACAUUACGAGCUCGUGGUUAUUUAGAUCUUAGUGAAAUAAUCAAUGUGGAUAUAUUGAAAAGUCCUAUUUAUCAUGUUUUUUAUAUGAAACAUGUUGGUGGUUUAUCUCCUGCCUACCGUUUAUAUGUAGUUAGUAUGAUUGCUUCAAUAAUUGCGUUAUUUUCAUGUGGUCUAACCAUAUAUCUGUGUUAUCGUUUCUGUUGUUACGCUCGUACACCAUAUGCAAUUGUACGACGUUCUGCUGGUAAAUCAGACAAUUCAACAUCAUUAUCAUCAAACAAUCAAAUUAAACGUGGACCAUAUUCACUUCUAGCAGUAGAUGAUGACAUCAAUCAUAUCAGUUCUGAUAACAAUUCGGAUAAUUGCUUAGAAUCCAUGUUAAAGCAUAGAAGUGAUAAAGAAUACAAUGCAUAUGAAGAUAGUGAUGAUGAUGAUGUUGAUAAUAUGAAUGUGGUGGACAAGGAGGACCCAGGUGAUCAUGAAAUAGUCGAGUAUGAUGUUAAUAUUCAUCAAGCUAGUAAAAUAACCUCAUUAAUUAAAACAAAACUAUUUAAUCAGCAUAAUAAACGUGUUACUAAUCGUUUACACAAUAAAACUCGUAAAUACAUUCCAAAUUUAUCGAAAUCACCAAACAAUAAUGAUGCAUUUGAAGAAGUACAACUUGUUUAAAAAUAAACAAACAAAAUAAAACACAACUUAUAUAAGCAACUCACAUCGAAUUGUGUUAUGCAUUCCUCGUUAUUUUAAUGAAUUAUUGUAUUCAUGAAACCAUUCCUUUAAUUCUUGUAUCUCUGUCGUGUAUGUGUUCAUAUUGUCUAAUAAUCACCUACAAAUUAUAACUUAUAUUUGUUGUUUUGUUUAUUUAACGAUUAAAAAAAAAAGAUAAUAAGUCAUUCACUCAUAACAUUGUGAUAUUCUCCACGUGUUUUCUUUAAGAAUACUCCUCUCUUUUUAUGUGAAUCCGUCUUUUUUUAAACUACUUAUAAGUAGUAUAUAUAUAUAUAUACUGCUGAAAAUGAUUUUGAUGUCUUAUAUUUUUUUCUCUCAUAUAAACAUACACACAUAGAACGAAACAAAAGAGAAAGUUAUAAUCAGUACAAUUUUACUCAUUUCAAAUCAUCUUUUGAAUAAAGAUUAUUAACUGGUGAUUUAGAAAACAUUGACCAUUCACCAAUGAAUAUGCAUACAUCAAUGAUAAUGAUAUUCUUUUCGAGUUUUUCUUGUUUUGUUUUUCUUUUUUUUUAUAGGAGAAAAUAUGCAGAUAAUAAUUUACAUUUUUAUUUUAUGUUUUUUGAGUUUGUUCAAUGUUUGUUUCCUUUCUCUAUUCAUUCCAUUUUUUUCAAAAACAAAAAUUAUUGUCAUAUCUUUUGUUUAAAUGAAUACAUUAUGACAUUGUGUAUUCACUUUUGGAUGAUGUAUUUUAGUCGUUGUAUUUUAUUUUACUGAUAUUACCUUAUCUCUAUGUUUGCAUUUAUUGAGAAAUUUUUUUAAAACUAAUGUCUUUCUUAUACUAACUAUGUAUGUAUGUAUGUGUGAUUUGGUGUAGUGUAGUGUAAUUUCCAUUAUAUUACUGUUAUUCAAUGUUGUCAAUUGAACUGGCACUGUAAGGCGAAUAAACAAAGGUUACAAAAAAAAUCACUUAUCAAUUAUU